AUGGCGUCCUCCUCGCCGCGGUGUCUUCCCAGAGGGCUCAGAGGCUCGGUGAACAUGGGGAACACGUGCUUCGUCGCGAGCGUGCUCCAGGCGCUCGUGGCGACGCCGUCCGUGGUGGAGUUCUUUCUCGGUGAGAGACACGCGCGGAGCGAGUGCGCGGUUGAGCACUGCGCGGCGUGCGCGCUGGACGCGUACGUGUGCGAGGCGUACGGGGAGAAAGAUUCAACGUCACGCGCGCUCGUGGCGAGCGAGGUGCUUCACGCGUGGUGGCAAAACGAACGGUCCAUGGCGAAGCAACAACAGCAGGAUGCGCACGAGUUUUUCCUGAGCUUUCUCUCCGUCGCGCACGCGAACGUACUCGGCAAGAGUCUACGACGGGAAAAGAAACGUCCAGUCGGACUGGAGGCGCUCUUAUCGCUCGAUAUCACUGGUCUGGACGAGGAUGAGGAUGAAGAAGCUGAUGCGGCGGGCGUGGACGCAAAGGUCAACGUGUCUGUCGACGCGUGUGACUGCGUCUUUCAUCGUUCAUUCGCCGGUCUGCUUCGAUCAGAUGUCGCGUGCGCGGCGUGCGGGGAAAUGACGUCGACGAUUUUAGAAGCGACGGUGGGAAUAUCAAUCGACGUGCCGUCCGGAACGGCGUCGAGCGAGCUCACUGAUUGUCUCAGAGCUUUCACCGCCGCUGAGUCGAUUGAGAGCCGCGGCUGUGCAACCCGCGGCUGCGCGACGACGAGGCUGACGAAACGCGUUCUGUUCGAGCGUUUGCCGCGAACGCUUACUUUCCAUUUGAAACGGUUCGAAGGAGGUUUCGAAUCGAAUUCAGUUCGCAAGAAUGACGUUCACGUAAGGUUUCCGCUCGACAUCGACAUGUCGCCGUUUGUCGUCGAUGGAUCGAUGCAAGCAAAGAACGUGUACAAGCUCUACGCCGUGGUCGUGCACAGCGGAAUACUCGAAGGUGGCCAUUAUACGGUGUACAUCCGUAGGGCUUGGACGUGGUUUCUGUGCGACGACGCAAACGUGCGAGAGGUGGACGCUUCGCACGUGUUCGCCGCGCAAGCGUACAUGCUCUUCUACCAAAUUUCGCAAUCGUAG